AGCGUGACACCCCACCGAGUCGUCGUCCUCGUCGUCGUCGUCGUCGUCGUGUCCUCCCCCGCUCGUCUCUGUUCCCAAGAUCGCCAUCCACUCCAAACCCUAACCCUAACCCAAACCCUAGGAAACCCUGCCCUGCUUUCGCCCGAUUAUGCCCGCCAUCGUCGCCUCACCUUGGAACCCCCAUUCGCCACAUCCCUGAGGUGAUUUGCGUCGCCGCGAAUGGAGAGGUUCCUUGUGGCGAUCCUCUUCGUUUCCGCCGUUGUUGGAGCAUCGAGCGCGUCUUCUAGGGUUUUGCUGGUUGAUGGCGCGGCUCCUACGUCGCCUACUCUGAGCCCUCCCCCGAAGAGCGAUCUCGCCGAAUCGGGAAAGGGUAGUCCACCAAUUCAUGCUUCUGAUAGCUCUAAUUCGUCUAUAAACCCUGAAAAUAAGGAUGGGAAGAAUCAAACGGUGACUUUGGCGCCGCCGAGUGGACCGGGAAGUAAGGAUCCACGGGGAGCCAAUUUGGCGCCGCCGAGUGGGCCGGAGAGGACGGAACAGCAAGGUGGCCCGGAGAGCUUGGCGCCGCCUGUUGGACCGGGGAAUAAAGAUCCGACCUUGGUACCGCCCGCCAAGCCGGAAACACAGAAACCGCUGCCACCGCCACUGCCGAGUACUGGGGACGAUGGAAAGAAUAAUAAAGAUACGAAACAAACCGAAAUUACGGAUAAGAUUCAGGAGGAAACGUGCGAUGCGGCGGUGGAGAAGUGUCGCAUUGAUGAUGAAAAGUUUGUCGCUUGUCUCAAGCAUUAUGGUAAUGCUUUGAACAAAUUAUACCUCUUAGUCCAGAAUACGGGGAAGAAUACCAUACCUGUGGAUAUUAAGUCGCCACCUUUUGUCACUCUUGUUAUAAACAAUACUGUUGUCAAGCAUAUUGAACUAUCCAAGCAAGUCUCAAAACAGGUGAAUAUUUCAGUGCUAAGUAGUUCAAGUAGUGGAGAGAUUGUUUUAAAGGCUGGGAAAGGAGAGUGCUCUCUUCAUGUUAAUCCGUCCAUUUCAAACGGGAUUCCCUUUGAGUGGCUCGCUUCUUACGCGACACUUCUCACUCCAGUUUACGGUGCCUACUUACUAAUUCUCUCUGUGAUAAUAGCCGGAGGUGUAUGGGCUUGUUGUAAAUUUAGUAGGGGGCGGAGGGCUGAUACGGGCGUCCCGUAUAGGCAACUCGAGAUGGGAGGAAUCCCUCAGACAGAUACAACAGUCAUGGAGAAUGCAAAUAGUGUCGAUGGGUGGGAGAACAGUUGGGACGACGAUUGGGAUGAGGAAGAAGCCGUAGUAAAGGCUUCAGAAAAAGCACCUGCAGGAAGUGCUUCUACGAAUGGCCUCUCGUCGAGGUCUCGCAACAACAGCAACAAAGACGGUUGGGAUGUCGAUUGGGACGAUUAGCUUUGAAAAGAAAGGAAAAAGGAGGAAACAUUGCGAGAUCCUUUCUAAAAGAGGAGGAGGCGGAGGAGUUUAUUACUUAAAACAAUUUACUCAGGUGCUGCCGCAGCCUCAGGUGGAUUGGAUGCUGAAAACACACAACGGCAAUGCUAAACAUACGCCGAGGCUAUAUAACAAGAACUGUUUUUGUUUUUGAUAGUACUUUGUACAAUAGAUUCAUUUUGGUUUCUCGUGCUAUUUGUUGCUUGGUACAUGGGCAACAUCAGGAUUCAUUACUAGAAAAAGUUAGGGGUGUACCUACCAUAUAUUGAAUUUGAUAGGGUUACGAGACUUCGUCGUAAAUUGAGUUCAAUGUUUCAUCAUCAGGUUAUUUGUGUAGUUGUUAUUGUUGUUUGCUUUCGAUUACUAAACAAGGCAUCAGAUACUGUUUGGCGUCGGUUAUAGAA